GUCUAGCGCGGAGCUCUGGAUGGUCCGCAGGCUGGUCUCGGACGGCCGGAGACCAUCAGGCCCAUGCACUGAGCCCGCUUCGGCAAGGACACCGGAGACCCGGCGGGAAGGACGGAGCCGCGGCCCGGGGUCCCGGGCUGCAGGUCAUUUUGUAAAGGUCUCAAGAACAAGGAGAGCAACUUAAGCUCCCAAGCUUCAAGACAGUGACCUGCUUGGCACACCGUCCAUCUCAGGUCCUCUCCACCAAAGGGUCGUCUUCUGCUGCUGACCCCCAUCAAAUCCCAUCAUGCCCACAGCCCUGUGCCCCAGAGUCUUGGCUCCAAAAGAGAGUGAGGAGCCCAGGAAAAUGAAGAGUCCUCCUGGAGAAAACCCAGGCCCCCAGGGAGAGCUUCCCAGCCCUGAGUCCUCCAGGCGUCUCUUCCGCCGCUUCCGCUACCAGGAGGCUGCAGGCCCGCGGGAAGCCCUGCACCGCCUCUGGGACCUAUGCCGGGGCUGGCUACGGCUGGAGAGGCACACCAAAGAGCAGAUCCUGGAGCUGCUGGUGCUGGAGCAGUUCCUGGCCAUCCUGCCUCGGGAGAUCCAGAGCUGGGUGCGGGCACAGGAACCUGAGAGUGGUGAGCAGGCGGUGGCUGCUGUGGAGGCGCUGGAACGCGAGCCGGGGAGACCCUGGCAGUGGCUCAAGCACUGUGAAGACCCUGUGGUGAUUGACGAUGGAGAUGGCCCUCCGGACCAGGAGCAAGAACGGCGGCCAGUAGAACCCCAGAGUGACCUCACUAAAAGUCAUGAUAGCCAGCCCAUGGCCCCAACUCAGGGCCUGGGGAUCCUCAGCAGAAUACCAAACCAGCUCAGCGAGGACCCAGUUCCGCAAGACACCUCCCUUCUUCAGGAGGAGAGCAUGGGGGAUGCAGAGCAGAUGACCACCCUCCAGCUGCCCCCGAACCGGGUUUCUCCAUUCAAGGACAUGAUUUUAUGCUUCUCGGAAGAGGACUGGUCCCUUCUCGACCCCGCCCAGACGGGCUUCUACGGAGAGUUCAUCAUUGGGGAGGACUACGGGGUCUCCAUGCCUGCGAACGACCCAGCAGCCCAGCCAGAUCUGCUCCAGGGAGAGGAGAACGGGCCCCGGGUUCCAGAGCUGCAGGACCUCCAGGGGAAAGAGGAGCCACAGGUCUCCUACUUAGACUUUCCCAGCCUGCAGCCAUUCCCUAUGGAAGAAAGAAGGAAGUGGGAGGAGCUGCAGGUGCCCGAGCUCCAGACCUGCCAGCAGAUGGUGCUCACCCAGAGCACCUGCCCAGCAGGAGGCGACCCACCCACUGGCCUGGACGAGGAGGUGACCAUCGAGAUUGUCCUGUCCAGCUCAGGGGAGGAGGACACACAGCACGGCCCGUACUGCACAGAGGAGGCACAGAGCUCCCGGGAGAAGCCGCGCAGCCUCCCCACCUCCCGCCACGACAGCAACGAGGUGGGGGGCGAGGUGCAGACCUCCAGGAAGUCCUAUGUGUGCCCGAACUGCGGGAAGAUCUUCCGCUGGAGGGUCAACUUCAUCCGGCAUCUGAGGAGCCGCAGAGAGCAAGAGAAGCCUCACGAGUGCUCGGUGUGCGGGGAGCUUUUCAGUGACAGCGAGGACCUGGAUGGGCAUCUGGAGGCCCACGAGGCCCAGAAGCCCUACCGCUGCGGCGCCUGUGGGAAGAGUUUCCGGCUUAACUCACACCUCCUCUCGCACCGGCGGAUACAUCUGCAGCCGGACACACUGCAGCACGCACAGAAGGAGCCGGGCGCGCCUGAGGCCCAGGGCGGGGACGCGCACGCCCUGCUGCAGAAGAGCAAGGCCAAGCUGGGCGAGCAGUGCCGGGACUGUGGGAAGCUGUUCCAGCGGCAUGACCAGCUGGUGCGGCACCGCAGUGACAUCCACCUGAAGCACGAGGGCCAGCCCUUCCAGUGCCGCUACUGCGUCAAGAGCUUCCGGCAGAACUGCGACCUCCUCCGCCAUGAGCGGCUGCACAUGAAGCGGCGCUCCAAGCAGGCCCUGAACUCCUACUGAGCCCGGGUGCUUCCCGCCCCCUUGGUACUAAGCCCUGCCCCGGCACCGCCCACAGAGACCCUCCUCCUGUCCCCUGCUCUCAGGUAGUGUCUACUUCUCCAGGUGCCUCGGUGGCCUCCUCCUCCCCAGAUAACGAGCCCCUCUUCUGUUUCUGCUGUGCAACUCGCCCUUGGCGUCUGCCUUAGGCACCCUCACGGGGAUGCUCUCCAGGUCCUCAGGAAGACUGGGCUGCCCCCACCUCGGUGACCCCUUGAUGGCACAUCCCUUCCUCUCCUGCCCUAGCACAGAGAGUGUUCAGGGUGGCUACACGUCCCAUCCCAUAGUGAAAUGCUGGGUGGGUGGAUGAUGGGCCAGGAGGAAGGCCUAGUCAGGGCCCAACACAGAUCGGUGCCAUGUAAUCCAAGUCAGCCCAGGUUCCUUAAUAUCUCAGGAGCCCCCAGAGACCCUGAGCUCUUCAGGAACCGUGUUGGGGCCUGGAGUCUUGGUGGGGCCCAGGUCCAUCAUGCUUUCCCUCUGCCCUGGAGGGGUUGGGGGUGGAGAGGGGGUCUCGGAGCAAAGCACAUAUUUUAAACCACGUUGCACACCCACCCCAACGUCUUGUCUUUGUACCCUGAAGGUCUUUGGUAAAUGUUCUUGGGAUGGAAACUGAGAUGUCAUCAUUUAAAAGGCACUUAUAUUCCUCCCUCACCCUGGCUAAGAAUAUGGGGAGCUCAGUUCCCAAGGAGGGAUUGUUCUGCCUGAUUGAGCCCAACCCCAGGACAGCCUCACAUGAAGUGGGUGGAGUUCUUCAUGUGCAUUCACUUCACUACCAGUGGUGUUGGUUUCCUAGGACUGCAGUAACAAAGUAGCAAAGCCCGGAGCUUCUAGCCAGGGGAGGUACUCCAUCAGUGCAGGAGCUGCGAUUGCAGGGUCCAGGCAUCAGCAGGGUUGGUCCUUCCUGAGGACUGGAGCCAGGGUCUGCUAGCAGAUGAUUGUUCUUGGCUUGCAGGAGCAGCAGUCUAUCACUGCCUUCUUUGUGUGGUGCUCCCCACGUGUGUCUGAGGACACCAGUCGUUGGGUUACCCAUCCUAUCUACCCCACUGUAACCUCAUCUGCCUCUGCAGGGACCAUUUCCAAAUAAUCACAUUCUGAGAUAAUGGGGGAAAGACUCCGACAUGGGGAUUUUGCGGGGACACAGUUUAUUCCCAAACUGCAGAUAAUCUUGUGGUGCUGCUGUCUUUCCCAAUGCAGAGGAGCUUGUCCUUCUACCAGGCAGGCCAACCAGCUGUGCGCUCCCAGGUGGCUGUCCUUUGCAAGGAAGAGUCUUAAAGUUCAGUAUCUGGGAUUCUCAAUUGUUGGUGACUGGCUGUUGGUAGUGCAACCUUGAACAAUCCAAAGCUUGGUCUCACUGUUCUGUAAGACAGGUUGUGCGGGCGGGCGAGGUGGGGAAGAGCCUUGACUCGGUGCAGCUGCCGCCAGCCUCAGGGCCACACCAGGCUGGGUUUGUCAGAGCUCCUCUUGGGACUCAACUUGGGUGAGCCCCAAGCCGGGUGCUUCUGGUGCCUGGUGCCCCUUGCUGCUCACAUCAAGACACUUCCACCCUAAACCCAAUAAGGGUGAUAAUUUUACAACCAGAUUUCUAUUCCUGGGUAGAUGCACCCAUGUUAACCUGGAAUAGUAAAUGCAAUAAAACAUCUGGUCAUACCUUAAAUCAGAAAUAAACUAUUGAGGGUCCUAGUUUCUAAA